AUGGAAGAGGGUCCCCUUCCUCACACCUAUGCCCCAUACGAUUCGCUGCAUGGGCCCGAUGUGGUCAAAUACACUGCAUUCGAUAUCCGACUACUGCAAGUAGAGGCUGCAACUUUCAUUGUACCAAACCGGCUCUUUGAGGUGCAGACGACGCUAUUUCAACACUGCAACGCAGCGGCGACCGAUGUAGGGCACUUUGCGGCGUCCCUUUCCAAAGCACUGCACAUGGACUAG